CCCCGCAUCAAUGCCGCCCGCCGCUAACCCAGGUAUAACGCCAAGAAAAGUCAAGUCACUCAAUUUCGUCAGCAGAGUGAGGAUGGUCAACCCGUGCGAACGUCGGUCGAUAGCGUGCAUAUUGCUGGCUAUAACAGCAGUGGUCGCCGCCGCGAGCUAUGACCGGGAGCGGCUGGAGAUUGCCAAGCAGAUACUGGAAGAAGUGCCGCUUACUGAUGGGCACAACGACCUGCCCUGGAACAUCCGCAAGUUUCUGCGCAACCAGAUAAACGAGUUUGAGCUGGACGCCGACCUCACUCGGGUGGAACCCUGGUCCAAAUCCAAGUACUCUCACACAGAUCUGCCUAGACUGCGCGAGGGCAUGGUUGGCGCUCAGUUCUGGUCCGCCUUCGUCCCCUGCGCCACUCAAAACCGCGAUGCUGUGCAACUGACCCUCGAACAGAUCGACGUGAUCCGUCGCCUCGUCGACAAGUACCCUCAACACUUCCAGCUCGCCACUUCUGUCACUGACAUCCUGCAAGCUCACAGCGCCAGACCACGCAAGAUCGCCUCUCUGAUCGGCAUCGAAGGAGGGCACUCCAUCGGCAACUCUCUCGGAGUGCUGCGGAGCUACUAUCAGCUCGGUGUGCGCUAUAUGACCUUGACUCAUACGUGCAACACGCCUUGGGCCGACUCCUCAAACGAAGCUCCCGCCGUCAACGUGACCGAAUUCGGAGAGAAAGUGGUGAAAGAGAUGAACCGUCUGGGCAUGCUAGUGGACUUGUCUCACGUGGGCGAAAACACCACGAGAGCCGCCAUCAAGCUGUCUAAGGCGCCGGUCAUCUUCAGCCAUUCUUCCGUGUACAGUCUCUGCGCGCACAAGCGGAAUGUGCCCACUGACAUCAUUCACUCUUUGAAAGAAAACGGCGGUAUCAUAAUGGUGAACUUCUUCCCGGACUUCGUGAAGUGCGCACCCAACGCCACACUCUCUGACGUCGCUGAGCACUUCCACUACAUCAAGCGAGUGAUUGGUGCGGACUACGUCGGGAUCGGGGGGGAUUUCGACGGCGUCAACAGGGUUCCCCGCGGUCUGGAAGACGUAUCCAAAUACCCUGAGCUGUUCGCUGAACUCCUGCGUAGUGGACAAUGGAGCGUUCAAGAACUGAAGAACCUUGCUGGUCUGAACAUGUUGAGGGUCAUGCGUCAGGUUGAGAAGGUCCGUGACGAGCUCCGCACAAAUGGCGCAGAGCCUGAAGAGCACCCCGACUCGCCCAACGACAAUGGCAACUGCACCAGCAACGCUUUCUACACCGAAUACGUGUAGGCCUUUAGGCCUCCCGUAGGCCUCUGGACCUCCCGUAGGCUUAUAGGCCUCCCGUAGGCUUCUAGAUCUUCCGGAGGUCUUCAGGUAUCCCGUAGGCCUUUAGGCCUCUGGACCUCCAGUAGGCUUAUAGGCCCCCCGUAAGCUUCUAGAUCUUCCGAAGGUCUUCAGGUAUCCCGUUGGCCUUUAGGCCUCCAGUAGGUCUCUAGGCCUCACAAGCAAACAACUCUAGAUGCAAUAGGUCUAAAACCAGUUUCUUUAUGUUUAUAUUUACACAGGAUAAGUUUAGGCCCCUAGGCCCUGCUGCCCGAGGAGCGAUUCACCAAAUAUCAACAGCAAGUGACGUAGAAAAAUGGCUCUAAAACCAUACCCAAUUGUUUGUAUGCUCACGUUUAUACGAUUGUUUUAGGCCUCCCGAUUUAAAUAUUUACAAAAGUAACGCCGUCUCAACCCAUUACCUACCACACAGAUGGCAUAUAUAUACCGUAGAUCAAGCAAACGAAUCUACUUAGCGUGUCAAAUGAAUGCAGUAAAAUCCACUGAGUUGUCCGUCUUUAAUCGCAGCUUGCAGUUUUCGGGCGUCAAUUUUUGUAAGUAAGUCAACAAAAACAUGAA